AUGGUUUUGCACUGCGUUGAGAAAGUAGAUAAAGACAUUACAACCAAGGCUCCCGCAGCGUUGAGAGCACAGUUUGCGCCUCCGCAAGAGUUGGGUUUGUGCAGAUCAAAAAUAUUCACAAUGAUAUUUCCAGUGUUUCUUGUCUCCUUUCUCCUGAUCGCUCAGAAUAAUGCUCUUACUGGUAGAGGAAGAGAUAAAGACAGCCCAUUUCGAAUGAACAAGCUCAAUAUUGUUUGGCAGAAAGCUCAAAAGAAGAUGUCUGUACAAAAGUUGGCUGACUUACGUCGUUUACUAGAGCUACAAGACAGGGCUGAAAUAAAAUGGAAGGAUGUAAAAGCCUACGGAGGAGACGAAGACGGGGAAAUGGAGGCCACGUUGAGAAGAAAGUUUUACCGAAUACUGGAGCAGUUUGGCUUGGAGAAACAUUUUGAUGGGGUGGAUGAGGGAAACGAAAUUCGUGACAACAAAGCCAGCCGUGGCGUUUUCGGUGAUAAACGGUUGAGUGAACUUUGGGAAUCUGCCAAGAAACACGGCAAAUUUAACUCUGAGGAACUUGGUGAUCUUCAAACUGAAUUUAACCAUCACAGAGACAAGCUGAAAGAAUACAACCACCUUCUCAAAAUCUUGGUAGACCAGGAUGAAAUCUCAGAAAAUUCAGUUUUCUCGAAAGCAAAUUUCAAGGAAGAAGAACUUAAGAAAUUACGAGAUAAACUUCAAGAUACCCAUGCCUCCCUGAGCGAUAGCUUUGCAAAACUGAAGGAGAAGGCAACAGGAGAGAAUGUGCGAGGAGAAUUCCGUGACCCUCGUGUGAGUGAGUUGUGGGAGAGAGCACAGAAAGCAAAAUUUACCGAAGAGGAACUGGAUUCCAUUAAGCAAGAGUUGUACCAUUUUGAUCACAAGAUAAUGAAACACAAACAUUUCAGAAAAGAAGCUGAUGAGUCUCGUCGUCUUGUUGAUGAUGGUCAGCACCAUUUCAAAGAGAAGCACGAAAAACUGGCAAAGAAGGCAGAAGAACAUGGAAAAUGGGUAAAGAAAAUGCACUCCACAUUGAUGGACAAAUUGGCUGCAAAGAGCGAGUUGUAGUUAACUGUUAGUUAGUCCCACUCUAGUCUGCUUUCUGUUAUGUUAUCACUAAAAGUUAACUCUUUAACUUCCUUCCAUGAGUGACCAAGACAGAAUUUCUCCUUACAAUAUCAAUACAAUAUCAACCAGAUAGGUGAUGAGAGUAAAGAAAAAUAUCAAUUUGGGGAUAAUUAGUUGAUCCAAUACUAAAUUCUCUGAACUAACUUUAUAAGAAUUGUAUGGUUGGCAUUUAGGAGAAUUACAAAUUUGAUCUGGGAGUUAAAGGGUUAGGGCAGGGCAGAAUGCUGAAACCUAAAUUAUUUUAGCUAAUAAUUAAAAUAGAUGCAGGGGGUUAGUUUUGAAAGGAACUGUGGUGCUGGGUUGGUGGGGGAUAUAACAAAGAAUUUUGUUUUAUCAACUGAUUUGGCAAUGUAAAUUGGCCACUGACAUCUUAAAAUGUCAGCUUAAGAGACUCUACAGAGGCCAAUUUACAUGUAUCAUUCAUCAACUCAGUACAUAAGACCAAAUUAAGUAGUAACCUAUCUGCAAAAUUUGUAUUUUUGUAAGAAAAAACUUUAGAACAAGUAAACUGUUGUUAUAGCGAAAUAAAUUGUACCCCAGAAAAGCUCUCUAGGCAAGACCUCUCUUCAAAAGGUUAUUCUGCAUGCUUUUUUGUUAAAUUUAGAUUACCUCACUGUGUAACCUGUUAUCAAACAUCAUAACAAAAACUAUGCUCCUGUGUUUUUUUUAAAUUGCAUGUAGAAGGAAGUGUUUCCCCAUUCUAAAAUCAUAAUGAACAAGUUGCGUAGAAUAGAGAUUUGGUUUUGAAGUUUGAGGAAACUUUUUUUUACUCAUUUUAUGGCUAUGUCUAUGGUUUUGAUUGAGAUUAUAGUGUUUUUUUGUGUUACCAUGUCAAAAGGACUUUGUGCUAACUGAACACUUAAAUGCACUAGAACAAACUCUGUUGUAACUAUUUUUGUUUUAUUUUCAAUCAUCACACUUCUUGAAAUAUCUUCCACCAUGUACAUGCCAUUUAUUUCACAACCGUUGGUAUGCAUUCAACUGUACCUCAAUGGCUGUCAGUGACAUCAGUCAUGUGACUGUUAAAAGCUAUGUAUGAAAGUUUAAUGAUAGUAGGCUUUUGCAGAAUGAUAACAUGCUUGAUAACAAAUCUGCCAUACAGGAUGACAAAUUGCUUGCUGGAACUAGUUAAUUCAGCAGUUAGUCAUUAAGGUGAUUCCUCAGUAUUGCAUUGAGCAUUCUGUACUGCACAUAAAAAAUCAUGAAAUCAGGCCAAUAAGUGCACUUCAUUCUAAGGAAAUAGCAUUGUUUUUCAAUCAGUGGACCAGGUAAAGAAGUACAUGUAGAGUGGUCUAAUUAGCCCUUGAACAAGCAAGGAGACCUAUACUUUUUAUUGCAUAAUUUUGGAGUACAAAUUAUAUACUUUAACUUGGAGAAAUUAAAUAAAAAAUGAAUCAAAGGGAAAAAAAGAGAUAGGUAAAGGCUUUCUGAAGGCCUGUUACUCAACAAUGCAAAUUAUAACCUUGAAAGUAAUGACUUGAGGAAUGUUUCGGGUCUAUCUCAUUUAAAAUUGUGUCACUGUUUCACAAAUUAUAUAUCAAAUUGUUCCAUACCUUCAAAACUUUCUACCUAUUAAGUUUUUCCAAGUGUUAUUUUCAAAUACCUUGCUUCUAGCUACCUCAAAAAGUAUUGUGAACCAAUGCAAGGAGGCACACAAUUAAUGCAAGUACAGGUAUAAAUGGGGUAAAAAGAAAUCAGUAGGGAACAUUUAAGAAAGUUUUAAAAAAUAUGCUAUAGCUUUUUCAUCUGAGGAAUCACCUUAAGACAAAUUUUUAAUAUGUGACAAUGUAAUUUGACAUCCAGAAUGAGAGAAUGUGGUAGGCAGUAGGGAAACUACAUUUUUAUCAAUGCUUAUCUUAUUUAACGUUUUUAUAUUUAUGGCUCAGUUGGCAAUAGUUGUUUUUGCCAUUUUGUUCAGUAGUGAAAUUCAGUACAUUAAAUACCAGUAAAAAAUAGCUACUGUA